UCUGAGUCGUGCCGCGCCAAGCCAGAACGGUAAAAAUGGCGCCCGUGACGGGCAGUCGUCCUCUUCGGCUGACAACGGAGUCGUUACUAGAAGCCGUCAAGGAGUUUCCCUGCCUCUACUACCGUGGACACCCGUCGUACAAGGACUUCAAGCGCAGGCAAGAAGUGUGGAACAGCAUCGGCGCUCGUUUCGGCAUCACUGGGUUCCAGGUUCAAUCGAAGUUCAAGAAUGCAAAAGACACCUACAAAAGGGCCAAGAAUUCUAAGCCCCGGCCAGGCGUGGAUGGCAAACACGGGAACAAGCCCUGGCCAUCUUGGAAGCACUUUGACAUCAUGCACGAACUCCUGGAUUCGCCCACUGCUCCAUUGGGGCUGCCUGAACGAGACGUGCCUAGCGCUGAGGACAGCGAAAGCAUUAUGAGCUUUGGCAGCAUCACCAUUGACUAUGAGCCAGACGAUGCAUGUGAAGAGAAGCCAGUCAAAAGUCAAAUCACUGAAACCACAUGCAACGGUGUGGUACCACCUACUCACAACAAAGAGGACACGAACCAGAACCUCUCGUCAGUGGAGACAACCAUGGCCAACUCAAUGGCAACGUGCGUGGAGCAUUUGAAAAUGCUUCACGAUGAGCGCAAGGAAAACGGUUUUAAGAAGGACAAGGUUUUCCAAUUUUGCAUGUAUGUGGCGAGCUGCAUCCGAGGACUAAACAAAUGUGAUCAGCUGGAGGCCAUGCAAGAAAUCAACACUGUCAUGUACAAAUACCAGAAAAAGCAGCUUGAGGAUACGUGAUCUGUUUGUGUGAAUCAUAAUCAUUUUCAUUUUCUUGUAACAUUCCAUCUUCAUGAUUUUAUCACAAAAUACAUUUGCUGUCACCAAAACCUUGGCCAGGUUAAUGCAACAAUUCUAUUUAAAAUGUUUUUCUUUUUGCUCCGUCAUAGGUCCAAGUGAUACCCUGCCUAUGUUAUCACCAUGAUCAACCGAUCAUACCAUAUUUACUUGUGUAACGCGUACUUCUUUCCCGAUAAAACAGGUCCAAAAAUUG